CCUUACCCACCUUCUCUCUUGAUUCCUUCCUCCCUCUUCUUCUUUCUCUUCUUAACCAUGAAUCCAAUCCCGACAUUAUGCUUCUCGCUGCCAGGGCUCUUACCCCUCUUCUUCUGUUUGCGAGCUGCGUCUAGCACUAUCUACUGCUGCAAACAUGUGCAUGAAAUUACCUUCUGAUGCAUCUGAUUAUGUUAUGGGAGCUGUACCUUUACUGACAAACCUUCUCCAGUAUCAUGAUUCCAAGAUGAAUUAUGCAACCACGGCCUGGUCACUCAAGCUGCGUCUCUUCUUUCCACUACCAAUUCAGGACGUGGGCAAGCAUCUCUCGGGCUUAAUCCUAUUACUUCCCACCUGUGCGAGCGGGUCACCUCUUGGAUCCAGGACAUUACUUCUUCUGGGUAUUAGUAGCAUUCUUAAGGAUAUUCUAUUGGGUUCUGCUGUCUCUGCUUAUGCAUCUGUAUCCCCAGCAUUGAGCAGGCCUGCUGAUCAGAUUUUUGAGAUUGUCAACCUAGCGAACGAGCUCCUCCCUCCAUUGCCACAAGGCGUUAUCUCCCUUCCUACUGCUGGCACAAACACUUUGGUGAAAGGUUCAGGCCAAAAAAAACCUUCUCUAAGUACCUCAGGAAAACGAGAAGAUUCUCUCAAAGUUUCACCUAGACAAAAAUUGCUUAGUGAUCAACCUGAACUUCUGCAGCAAUUUGGAUUGGAUCUUCUUCCAGUUUUAGUGCAGAAACUCCAAAAGUCAGCUAUCACCUUCUCGGCAAAGACACCAGCGGAAGUUAAAAGUAGAGUGAAGGCCACACUUGAGAUCCUAGCAGAGGGGGGUAUUGGUAAAUACCUAGGCCUACCCGAAAUGUUCGGCCGGAAAAAAAGAGACAUCUUUGCAUCGAUUCUCGAUCGGAUCAGACAAAGGAUCAUGAGCUGGACCACCCGGUUCUUAUCAGGAGCGGGGAAACAAGUGCUUCUCAAAUCAGUCCUUGCAGCCAUACCUAACUACGCUAUGUCUUGCUUCAAACUACCAGCGUCGUUAUGUAAACAGAUCCAAUCACUCCUUACCCGGUUCUGGUGGGACGCUAACCCGGAGACAAGGAGGAUGUGUUGGGUUGCUUGGUCCACUCUCACCAAACCAAAGUAUGCCGGAGGCUUGGGCUUCAGGGAUAUUGAAAGCUUCAAUGAUGCCUUGUUGGCUAAAAUAGGGUGGCGACUGAUUAAAGACCCAACCUCUCUCGUGGCCCAAGUUCUACUUGGAAAAUAUGCAAAGAACUCGACGUUUCUAGACUGUGUACCGCCUGCUGCCGCAUCACAUGGAUGGCGAAGCAUCCUUGCUGGACGUGAUUUACUCAAAAAAGGAUUAGGAUGGGUGGUUGGGAAUGGAGAGAAUAUUCACGUGUGGAAGGACCCAUGGCUCUCCCACGUCACACCAGAAGCUCCCAUUGGUCCCCCAGCUGAAGGUACAGAGUCGCUGAAAGUAAGUGAUCUCCUCUGUCCCAUCUCAAACACUUGGAACAUCGACAGUAUUCGUCAUCACCUGCCUCAGUAUGAAGAGAAGAUACUUAAGAUUGUUACGAGCUCCUCCCCGGUGGACAACUUUAUCGUUUGGCUCCCAGACCCUAAAGGAAUAUAUACUACUAAAAUGGGUUAUGGUGUGGCGAGUUACUCUGAUCAUAGACUGCCCUUUCUACCACCAUCCUUUGACUGGCUGAAGCACAUAUGGAAUCUGAAUACAUCUCCUAAGAUAAAGGAUUUUCUAUGGAAAGUUAUAAACAGAGCAAUCCCCGUCAGUUCCAACCUAGUCACUCGAGGAGUUAAUCCCUUUGCUUGUAAACGAUGUGGAGGGAUAGAGGAUGACGUCCAUGUGUUUGCCUCAUGCCCUUUUGCCAUGAACGUGUGGGAACUAGCCCCCCUAGCUUGGAUCCCUGAUUCGCACUCUUCUCUUGCAACUAUGCUUGUCCAUGGUAGCAGAAUGAUCACACUCCCCCCGUCGGACUCUAUGUACCGAUAUGGCCUUGGAUUUUUCUCAGCUCAAGAAACGAUUCACAAGGCCAUCGCAGACGCAAAAGAAUGGCAAGCAGCGCAAGAACUGGGCGCCAGCUCCCAACCUCAGCACGUGAAGACCAACGCUCCGACCAGAACCUCUCCAGCUGCGAACUCGAGACCAUCGUGCUUUGUGGACGCGGCCUGGAACCCUAUCACAGAGGUCUGCGGCAUUGGCGGUAUCUUCAGGGGAGUAAACUCAUGUCGCCUUCCCAACAUCCACUACUCCCGCCGGUUCAUCUCAUCAGCUUUGAUGGCAGAAGCCAUAGCUGUUCGUUCUGCAGUCAUGAAGGCUGCCUCGUCGAAUAUUCGAUCCUUGACGGUGUACUCUGAUUCUCAAGUUCUGAUCUCCAUGAUCAAGACAAAGGAAACAAGACCAGCGCUCUAUGGGAUAUUAUUUGACAUCUUUUAUUUUAGCUCUCUUUUUGAAACAAUCUCUUUCAUGUUUAUCCCUCGUUUAGAAAACUCAGAAGCUGACUUGGUGGCAAAGUCAGCUCUCGCUGCGGUGGACAAUCUCUCCGUCGAUGGAGUGUAA